CUCCCGCCGCCGCCGCCGCCGCCGCCGCCGCCUCCUCCCGUUCCUCCGCGUCCUCUGCCUCGGAGCGGGGUUUUGUGCUGCGGAGGAGAGGAGGGCUAUGUCAGGAAAGUUCCGGGAGGGACUGGAUGGGGCCAUGCUCCCUGGGAUCUUCUGCGGGCGCCCGCGCGCAACCCUUUGUAUGAGGCAACAGGACUGCUUUGGAAGAUGGAACUCUUUGUCUGUUUUCCAGAAUGUGUUUCCAAGCCCAUCAGUGGAACAUGACACUGCUACCCUGUGUUGAAAUGCUCCAGGAGCGCCUGCCCAGGCUGGCACCUUCUGUCCUACAAAAACCAUGGUCUUCUCGGCAGUGUUGACUGCGUCCCAUACAGGGGCGUCCAACACAACGUUUGUUGUCUAUGAAAACACAUACGUGAAUAUGACGGUCCCUCCACCAUUGCAGCAUGCCGGCAUUGGCCCGCUUCUUAGAUACAGUUUUGAACCCCUGGCUCCGACUGGGAUGAAUUCCUUGACAGGGAAUAGCACAGCUGUGACCCCAACACCAGCAGUUUUUAAGAGCUUGAACUUGCCUCUCCAGAUCAUUCUUUCUGCUGUCAUGAUAUUUAUUCUGUUUGUGUCUUUUCUGGGGAACUUGGUGGUUUGCCUCAUGGUUUACCAAAAAGCUGCUAUGCGUUCGGCAAUUAACAUCCUCCUUGCCAGCCUGGCAUUUGCUGAUAUGUUACUUGCAGUUCUGAACAUGCCGUUUGCCUUGAUAACUAUUCUUACAACCAGAUGGAUUUUUGGGAAAUUCUUCUGUAGGGUGUCGGCUAUGUUUUUCUGGUUGUUUGUGAUAGAAGGAGUAGCUAUUCUGCUCAUCAUUAGCAUUGAUAGAUUCCUUAUUAUCGUGCAGAAACAAGAUAAGCUAAAUCCAUACAGGGCUAAGGUUCUGAUUGCAGUUUCUUGGGCAACAUCCUUUUGUAUAGCUCUUCCUCUGGCUGUAGGCAACCCUGAACUGCAGAUGCCUUCCCGAGCCCCCCAGUGUGUGUUUGGGUACACAACCAACCCAGGAUACCAGGCUUACGUGAUUAUGAUUUCUCUUAUUUCUUUCUUCAUACCCUUUUUGGUGAUACUGUAUUCAUUUAUGGGCAUCCUCAACACUCUUCGGCAUAAUGCCUUGAGGAUCCACAGCUACCCUGAGGGCAUCUGCCUUAGCCAGGCCAGCAAGCUGGGUCUCAUGAGUUUACAGAGACCCUUUCAGAUGAGCAUUGACAUGGGCUUUAAAACGCGUGCCUUCACCACCAUUUUGAUUCUCUUUGCUGUCUUCAUUGUCUGCUGGGCCCCGUUUACCACUUACAGCCUUGUGGCAACAUUCAGUAAGCACUUUUACUACAAGCACAACUUUUUUGAGAUAAGCACCUGGCUACUCUGGCUCUGCUACCUCAAGUCUGCAUUGAACCCACUCAUCUACUAUUGGAGGAUUAAGAAAUUCCAUGACGCCUGCCUGGACAUGAUGCCUAAAUCCUUCAAGUUUUUGCCGCGUCUCCCGGGUCACACGAGACGCCGGAUUCGGCCCAGUGCUGUCUACGUUUGUGCAGAACAUCGGACGGUGGUGUGACUGUCGGAACAGCCAGAUGUUUGGGACGGUGGUGGUUCUUUAUCUGACUUUGAAUUUUCUUUCACAUUGCUUCUCGAACACUUACACUUUAUUGUUUUUCAUAGGAUGUGUGUUUGUGUGUGUGUGUGUGCAACGUAAAGAAUGGUGAUUACUUAUAAUUCUGUCACCAAGGAUACACAUUAGGGAAAUGAUCACAAAUGUUACCUCCAGGGUUCAAGAGAAAUACUCUACUGAGGAAAAGGAGAUGGGCUUUUGUUUCUUUGGUUGAUUGGUUUUUAUAGGAGUGUUUUUAUAGGAUUGUGCUUUAUUGAGCCUGCAGUUACAUUGAAUUGUAGGUAUUUUGUUUGCUGCUAAGUAUGAUUAUUGAGUUUAUCAUUUCUUUUCUCCUGGAAGACACUGCUGCUUUUUACCAUCACAUUGGAGCCAAAAACCACAUACAUCUCAGUAGAUAAAUAUUUAGUUUUAUUUAAAAGAAAAACCUAAGGGGGUUAGUGACAUUUUAAAGUUCAUUAAGAUUUACUUUGGUGCACUUUAAGAAACAAUGUACAAACUAAUUCAGUCAUGUUUUUCAGAAUUAUUUUUAUACAUGACAUGUGCUUUAGGGAACAUUGCAUUAUAAUUUCUAGGAAGAUAGUUUUUUUUGUUUUUAGUGUGUUAUCCGCAUAUAAAUUUUAAAGGUGAAAACAUAAAAAUAUAGAAAAUUUUCAAAGCACAAUAGUGAUUUUUUUGAGCAAUAGGACAAAGUAGAGGAGAAAGAGUACCCUUGCAGAUUUAAAUGGGAUUCAGUGAGAAGAUGACUGGUGUAGAGUGUGGCAAUUCUGUUUAAGAAUUCUUGCUCAGUCUGUUGGGGAGAAGGGUCUGACAUUUAUUGGACACACUGCAUAGUUUUAUCCUCACAGCAUCUUGUGAGGUAGGUAUUAUUCUUCCUUCUACAAAUGAAGAAAACAAGCCUCAGAGAGACUCAAAUCCUGCCCAAGACUAGUGGUAGAGCUGGGAUCCAAAAAUCUGUCAAAGUCCAGAGCCUACGUUCUCCUGUGCCACACAGACAGCUCUGUUAGGUUUAGAUGUUUUAUAGUCAAGCAGGAAUUCCAUACCUUUUUAUUUUCUUUAGACUAAAACCUUUUAAAAAAAUUUUUUUUUUAUUACCAGAAGAAAAAAAGAAGUUUGGAACGUAGAAAAGAAAAAAUUAAAUCACAACCACUUGUAUCACUUAGAACUUAGCUGGUUUAGAUAAAUAAGGUAUUUAAAAAGACUUUUUUUAGGGGGGGAGUUGCAAAACAAGUAACUGACAAUUAUUGAGAGGUUAAAUAAGCUGUAUAUAGGUCUUUGCCUUGUGCAUUUUGAAAUUUCCAAUAGUCCAGCUAUUUUUCUAAAUGUUCUGGGCAGAAGAACAUCAUCGGUGGCUCAAUGCUUGUCUGUAAAACAGCGGGAGUCUGUAAAUGUGCUCAGAAGCAUGUCUCCUAAGAAAAAGUAAAGAUAAGCCCUGGUUCGACCAUAUAGCAAGUGUUAACGGAACAAGCCUGGGGUUCUUUAAUUAUUUUUUCUUUCACUGAUAAUUGUGGAGGUGCCUUCUCUAUUUCCACCACUGGCACAUUUUAUAAAAUAGCCUACCGGGAUAGAGUUGCAGACUAAGAUCAUAAGGACUGGAAGUGUGGCCCUUUGGUUACAUCAUGAGCUUUAGAAAUAGGUAAGUUAAUCAUGAACAUUUUGGAUUUAGAGCAUCUUAUCAGAAUUUUGAGUCCUCUGUUUAGCCAAUGGGAAAAUAGGAGUUUCCAUUUCUUCAGUUGUACAACCAGGGAGUUGGAUUAGAUGAAUCUUCAAGGUCUUGUCCAACUCUGAUGUGUUUUCUUCCACGCGAGAAUUGAAAAUUUCUUUGAAGAGUCCAGCUGAAAUAAUCAGCAUCACUCUUUGGUCUCCAGUAUUAUUUCUUUCUAUUUUACUUUGUUGGCUAUACCUUAAAAUCGAAUGUCUGAGGAGCACAUGGCAUAGUAUUAGGAGUUAGGACUUUGGAAGUGUGAUGACAUUACUACAGAUCUGGGAAACUGCUUGCAAAGCACGUGUAAUGGUGUUAGAAUUAAUUUUCCAGUUGGGGACUCAUGCAUAUUAUUCAACAUGUUGUUUUGGAAUCAUCUGAUGAUGAUAGUCACCUACCUCUGGUUUCUAUUUUAUAUUAGUCACAGGUAGUAUUGUUUUUGUCCAUGGGAACCCUAUAGAACAUAGACACUGUGGUAGAUACUUGUGGCAAAAUGAAGUGUAUUAUGCUUUCCAUUCUCACUAUCAACUGAAUUACAAGCAGAUAUUAAUGAGUGUGUUUGAAGUUAGACUUUCUCUAAGGAAAGUCAGCAUGAUCUGUAUUUCUCAUAGGUAGUGCCAGUAAGCUUUAACAAUUGUUUGGGGUUAGGGAUGAAUCUGAGCUUUGUUUUCUUUUGUGCUGUUUUUAUGAGUAAUCCUUAGGUAUUUUGUGGUGCUUGGUUGGCAGUGCAUGGUUUGGUGGGAGCACUGUAGCACCUGUUGAGAUUCUCAUGUUUGCAAAAGGAGACCAUGAGGGGCCUUUGUGAGACUUCAGUAACAACACUGAACAGCAGUUCUCUUUACACUGGAUAAUCUUGAUCCAAUGACAGUUUACAAAUCACUUUGAACACACAUUUCGAAAGCUUUACAAAAUAGUACUAUGGUAUACCUUUGAAAAAUUUAGGUGCAGAAUCAUAUGUUGCCUCUUCCCUGUAUUUUCUUAAGGGGGGAAAAAGACCACUAUUAAUAUCACUGCUAACUAACAAAUCAGAAAUAUUUUUAUUUUUGUUUUACAUCUGGCUAUUUGAGAAGCAUGAAAGGGAUAGUGAAAUAUUUGUGGUCAAAGGAUAUCCCAAGUAGUGUGGAGUUGGGAUAUUUAAGCUUUGGUAUGAGUGUGAGUGUGUAUAAGUAUUCUCAGGGGAGCUUGUUAACAGUACAGGCCCCCAGGGUGCCUAGAGGGGCUGGGGUUGGACCCAGGGAUGCACACUUCUUGAGCACUCUGCCUGAUCCAGGUCCCUGGGAAAUGAAAUGUUCCUGUAACCCACUUUACAUACUGACCGUUUUAUCCAAAAUUUUUGUGUUGGAAGCCAUUUCCUAGUGCAUGGGUAAUCCACAUUGAGAUGAAAAUCUAUUUAUCAUUGUGCCUCAUUUGCUGUUGUGUGUGUUGGUAGUGCUGGGUCUUGCCAGUGUAGCUGUACCUCCUUUCAACUGGCAAAAUUCUGAUGAACCAUAUGGACUCACAAUAGAGCAAAAAAGCUACUUAAUAUUUGAAAUUCAUAACUCUCAGGAGCCUAAUUUCUUUAAUACCUUCUUUUCUCCUACAUAUGUAACCUGAAGAGUAUGAGGGAAUGUAAAGAUUCAUCUAACUCUUGUUGCUCUGCUUAUUCAGACAUGUUCAGUGGAAGCAUGAAGAAAAUAAAAUAAAUCUUUUAAUCUAUGUAUUUCUGUUACUGACAAAGAUAUUUAAUUUUUUUCUUGAUCUUUGAUUUUGUUUACAUGAAAAUAUGUAUAUAUUACAGAAAAAUUUCCACUUGCUUGACAAUUUAUUCUACCGUGACUUUAAGUUUAAUAGACUGCUCAAUUCAAAUUUAUUUUCACAAUAGUCCUGCUAAACUGCCUUCAUUAAAAACUCCUUUUUUUAUAAUAAUAAAAUAUCAAAGCACAUGUUUGUUAUUACAGGUUAAUGGUAACAUACUUCUUAGAUAUAUAUACUGGUACUAGCUCUUUGUAAUUAAAAUUAAUUUAUUUUACAAGAGUACCUAGCCUGUAUGGAAAAAAUUCCGUGAAUUUUGGAUUGUAAUAUUCAAAAAACAAAAAGUAUGCUUCUUUGUGCAUAUUAUUACAAUGAGAAACACAUUCCC